AUGGACUCAUCGAGCGCAGCUGCCGACCACGACGAUCCACCGGCAGAUAACGACGGCGACUCGACGGUCCUCGACCUGACGGGCUGUCAGCUGCGCGAUCUUGGCUCGGUCGAGCUACCGCCUAUUCUGACGGAGCUGGACCUGACGGCAAACCGGUUGACGGCGUUAGACCUCCGUAUUUCACAGCUCUCCAAUCUCAAGAAGCUCUCUCUGCGUCAGAACCUCCUCAACGAUGGAGGUGUCCUCCCUCUGUCCACGUGGCAUUCUAUCUCCGCUCUCCAGGAGCUAGUGUUGAGGGAUAAUCAGUUGAAGAAUAUUCCAGAUGUUACCAUAUUCGCAAUGCUCCUGGUCUUUGAUGUCUCAUUUAAUGAGAUCUCCUCACUUAGUGGGCUCUCCAAGGUGGCAAACACUCUUAAAGAGCUAUAUGUGUCAAAAAAUGAAGUGGCAAAGAUAGAAGAGAUUGAGCACUUGUGUGAGCUGCAGAUUCUCGAGCUUGGAUCGAACAAAUUACGGGUGAUGGAGAAUCUGCAAAAUUUAUCAUCCUUGCAAGAACUGUGGCUCGGGCGCAACCGUAUCCGAGCCAUUAACCUUUGUGGGUUAAAAGGUAUUAAGAAGCUCAGCCUUCAAAGCAACCGAUUGACUUCAAUUGCUGGAGUUGAGGAAUGUGUUGCACUAGAAGAAUUGUACUUGAGCCAUAAUGGAAUUGCGAAAAUGGAAGGCCUAUCUGCUUUAGUCAACCUACGAGUCCUGGAUGUGGCAUCUAAUAAGCUCACAGAAAUAAAUGACAUCGAGAGCUUGACAAAAUUAGAAGAUCUUUGGCUUAAUGACAACCAAAUAACAUCACUGGACAACAUAGCUGAAGCUGUUGCUGGUUCCAGGAACAGUCUCACUACCAUUUACCUCGAGCGCAAUCCAUGUGCAAAUUCUCCAAGCUAUAUAUCUACUUUGAAACAAAUAUUCCCCAACAUUCAGCAAAUUGAUUCUGAAAUCUUUUCAUAG